UAUUCGGCUCUCACCCGAAAGACCCGGGUUCAAGUCCCGGCAACGGAAUUAAGUUUUAUUUUCUUUUGUUACAGAAAGUCACGAAUAUUUUCUCUGAAGAAACUAUUUUUUGUGACAAAUCCUUCACGAAACUUACAACAAAAAGAGGACGCAAUACGAAUUUGAAACGCUUAAGAAUUGUUUUUUUUUUGGUGCUGAAACUGAUACAGACGAAUCAGAGUCUCUGAGAUUAUUGAUACAUGUAUUGUUUGCGAUUCUUGAGGAAGAAGAAACUAACCUCUUUGUCAACCUUGUCCUUUGUUACACUAACCAAACACCAAACCUUCACUCAAACCUACGACCAUAACAAUGUCAUUGCUUCCAACAAGCUCAUCGCGAAUUACGUUCGAUCUGGUGAUGUGGAUUCUGCUCUUCGUGUGUUUGAUAACAUGACAGUGAAGUCCACUAUCACCUGGAACUCUAUCCUCGCUGCUUUUGCAAAGAAACAUGGGAAUUUCGAACACGCUCGUCAACUGUUUGAGAAAAUUCCUGAACCAAACACUGUUUCAUAUAACAUCAUGUUGGCAUGUUAUUGGCACCAUUUUGGCAUCCAUAAUGCGCGUGGUUUCUUUGACCGGAUGCCCGUUAAGGAUAUUGCGUCGUGGAACACGUUGAUUUCGGGUUAUACUCAAGUCGGGAUGAUGGACGAGGCACGCAGGUUGUUUGAAGUAAUGCCGGAGAAAAACUGUGUUACAUGGAGUGCUAUGGUGUCUGGAUAUGUGGCUUGUGGGAAUUUAGAUGCUGCUGUGGAGUGUUUUUAUGCUGCACCUAUGAGGAGUGUGAUUACUUGGACUGCCAUGAUCACCGGGUAUAUGAAGUUUGGAAGAGUUGAAUUGGCCGAAAGAUUGUUUCAUGAGAUGUGUUUGAAGACAUUGGUAACAUGGAAUGCCAUGAUUGCUGGGUAUGUUGAUAAUGGUAGGGCGGAGGAUGGGUUAAAGCUUUUCAAGACAAUGUUAGAAACUGGUGUUAAACCUAAUAAUUUGAGCUUGACUAGUGUGUUGUUGGGUUGUAGUGAUUUAUCAGCUUUGCAGCUAGGAAAACAAGUUCAUCAAUUAGUUUGUAAAUCUCCAUUGAGUAGGGACACAACUGCAGUGACUUCUUUGAUUAGCAUGUAUUCCAAAUGCGGGGAUCUUAAGGAUUCAUGGCAGUUAUUUGUUCAGAUUCCUCGAAAAGAUGUUGUAACCUGGAAUGCAAUGAUUUCUGGUUAUGCUCAACAUGGAGCUGGUGAAAAGGCGCUUCAUUUGUUUGAUGAGAUGAAAAGGGAAAACAUGAAGCCAGAUUGGAUUACUUUUGUUGCAGUGUUAUUAGCUUGUAACCAUACAGGAUUGGUAGAUCUUGCAAUCCAAUAUUUUAACUCAAUGGUAAGGGAUUUUGGUAUUAAAACUAGGCCAGAGCACUAUGCAUGCAUGGUUGAUCUUCUUGGUCGAGCUGGUAGGUUAUCUGAGGCUGUAGAUAUGAUAAAAGGUAUGCCUUUUAAGCCCCAUCCCGCCAUAUUUGGAACACUUUUAGGUGCUUGUAGGAUCCAUAAAAACUUGCACAUGGCCGAGUUUGCCGCCAAGAAUCUGCUUGAGCUUGAUCCAACUAGUGCAACCGGAUAUGUUCAAUUGGCUAAUGUUUAUGCAGCACAAAACAAAUGGGAACAUGUUGCUAGGAUCCGAAAAUCCAUGAAAGAAAAUAACGUUGUGAAGUCCCCUGGAUAUAGUUGGAUCGAAAUAAACAAUGUUGUGCACGAGUUUAGGUCAAGUGACAGAUUACACUCUGAAUUGGUUUCUAUACAUGAAAAACUAAAUAAAUUGGAAAAGAAAAUGAAGUUGGCAGGCUAUGUCCCAGAUCUUGAAUUUGCAUUGCAUGAUGUGGGAGAGGAGUUGAAAGAACAGCUUCUUUUAUGGCAUAGUGAGAAACUGGCAAUUGCAUUUGGACUUUUGAAGGUACCAUUAGGAGUUCCAAUCCGGGUGUUUAAAAAUUUGAGGGUUUGUGGAGAUUGCCAUUCUGCAAUCAAAUACAUCUCAGCUAUAGAAGGAAGAGAAAUCAUUGUUAGAGAUACCACAAGAUUUCAUCAUUUCAAGGAUGGGUUCUGCUCCUGCAGCGAUUACUGGUAAGCUUGAUGGUUUGCAGCUAAUACAAUGGUAUUAAAUUUAAGGGUAUGCUUGUAUUGCAAGAACAAUGCUAUCAUGCUCUUCACCUUGAACUCAAUUUGGUAUCAGUUUUCACAAAAGGUAGACGCAAGCCUCUUUGCUCUAGCAUCGCAUUAAGAGAGUUUGAAGUUCACCUGCUCUAGAUAGACUAAGAGCAAGAGAAAGCAAUUGAUUGCUGCUUGUAGGCACCACAUCAUGAACCAAUGCCCCCCAAAUGCAGGUUCAAGAAAAGAAAAACUAUAGAUUUUAAACUACAAACCAGAAGACUAGAGGGUUGUGUCGACUUCAACAACAGCUACCUGGAAAAGGACAGUUACACAUCUAUCUAUGGUGUAGAGUUCGGAGCAUCUGUUGCUUACUGAGUGCUUUUGCACUUACAAGUUGGAAAUUAGGGAUUCAAUAUUCCACGGAAAAGUCCUAUCCCCAAAUUUAAUUUAUUUGAAAAUUAUUCAAUUUUAUAACUAUUUAUAUUACCAUCAUCAUUAUUUCAAGACUUAAAUAGUUAUUUGAUCUCUGUAAGUUAGUAUGUUUCUGAA